AAAACGGGUCCACUCUCUCUUUCUCUUUUCAUCUUCCAAAUUUUGCUGUUUCCGUUCCUUGGUGCUUAGAUUUUCUCUUUUAUCCAUUUGGGUCUUUUUCUCUGUGCUUCGGUUCAAUUUUCUCGCCGGAUCCCGAUGGAACCGCCACCCCUUAUCGACCUUGGCGACGGUGACGGCGAUAAUUCGUCAUCUCCCUUCACUAAUUCAUAUACCCAGAACCUUAAUCACCUCAAUCAUGGGUUUAAUUACUCGAAUCGCGAGGAUACGACCCGUAGUUGCUCCUCUCAAUUCUUCGACUCCAGUUCAUCUUCGUCCGAUAAUGAAAACGAUGGUGUUUCUGCCAAUUACGUUGAGUCCACUACCAAACGGCUUGAUUAUAUGCUGCAAUUUCUGGACCGUAAGCUUUCAUCUCAAUCUGUUUCGUUUAGUAAUCAUGACGGCGAUAUUCAGGAUUCGGAUUAUAAUGGGAGUAGUUCUUCUCUUCCUGAAUUCAUUGGGCGGGGUGGAGGAACUGGGAUUUUUAGGCUUCCAGUGCGAGCUGCUGUUCAUCCUCAUCGGCCGCCUAGCCUUGAAGUGAGGCCGCAUCCUUUAAGAGAGACGCAGAUCGGAUGCUUUUUAAGGACUGUUGCUAGCAGCGAGUCCCAAUUGUGGGCUGGUAGUGAAUAUGGUGUCCGGUUUUGGAAUUUCGAGGAUUUGUAUGCGUCGGCGGAAGACACGGCUGUGAGGAGUGGUGAUGAAGAGACGGCGCCAUUUCGUGAGUCAGUUUGGACGUCGCCUACUCUUUGUUUGGUUGCCGAUGAAGGCAAUCGGUUAGUUUGGAGUGGCCACAAGGAUGGUCGCAUUAGAUGCUGGAGGAUGGAUAUUCAAAGUUUGAACGCAAAUGAUCAUUUUACGGAAGCUCUGUCUUGGCAGGCUCAUCGUGGUCCUAUUUUUUCGCUUGUAAUGACAUCUUAUGGAGAUCUUUGGUCAGGUUCCGAGGGCGGGGCUUUGAAGGUUUGGUCAUGGGAAGCUAUUGAGAAGGCUCUCUCUAUGACUGAGGGAGAAAGUCACAUGACUACUUUGUUGGUGGAAAGAUCUUAUAUUGACCUUAGGACUCAAGUCAGUGUAAGCUUCAGUAACACAUUUACUUGGGAUGUUAAGUACUUGUUAUCUGACGACUCUACUGCCAAAGUCUGGAGUGGCAGUGACCUCUCUUUUGCACUAUGGGAUGCUCGCACAAGGGAGCUAUUGAAAGUGUUCAAUACUGAUGGUCAAUUGGAGAACCGAAUAGAUAUGACAUCUGUCCAAGAUUUUACAUUGGAGCCUGUUUCUUUUUUAAAGAAAGAAAAGACACAAAGUGCCUUUGGUUUCUUUCAGCGUUCACGUAAUGUUAUAAUGGGAGCGGCUGAUGCUGUUCGUCGAGCUGCUGUGAAGGGGGCCUUUGGAGAUGAUAAUCGGAGAACUGAAGCAUUAGUGAUAACAGUAGAUGGUAUGAUCUGGACUGGAUGUACAAGUGGUUUACUUGUGCAGUGGGAUAAAUACGGAAACCGUUUGCAAGAUUUCCAUCAUCAUUCUCAUGCUGUCCAAUGCUUUUGUACUUUUGGAUCACGAAUAUGGGUGGGCUAUGCCAGUGGUACCGUACAGGUAUUGGACCUCAAAGGUAGACUUCUUCAAGGAUGGGUGGCUCAUAGCUGCCCUGUGAUUAAAAUGUGUGCUGGAUCUGGUUACAUAUUUACCCUGGCAAAUCAUGGUGGUAUUCGUGGAUGGAAUGUUACUUCUCCAGGACCUCUUGACAGCGUACUACGCUCAGAGUUGGCUGCGAAGGAAUUCAUGUAUACAAGAAUGGAAAAUUUAAAAAUAUUCACUGGUACAUGGAAUGUUGGACAGGAAAAAGCAUCUCCUGACUCUCUCAUCUCCUGGCUGGGUUCUGUUGUCUCCGAUGUUGGCAUUGUAGUUGUUGGGCUGCAGGAAGUUGAAAUGGGAGCUGGUUUUCUAGCAAUGUCAGCAGCUAAAGAAACUGUAGGACUCGAGGGUAGUGCACUAGGCCAAUGGUGGUUGGAUAUGAUAGGAAAAACGCUGGGUGAAGGAUCAACUUUUCAGCGCGUUGGUUCUAGGCAGUUGGCAGGCUUGCUAAUAGGAAUAUGGGUAAGAAGUAACAUCAGAGCUCAUGUCGGGGAUGUUGAUGCUGCGGCAGUUCCGUGUGGCUUUGGACGUGCAAUUGGUAAUAAGGUUAGAAGAUGGUGCCAGCGGGGUGAAGUGAACCGGGGGAACACGAUGGCGGCAAGCAGUCAGUGGCAACCAGGCGGGAGAGCAGAUGGCGGUGUUGGCAGAAGAAGGAUCGUGUGUGCAUAUGAUGUUUCACAUUUGGAGGGCUGCUCAUUUCGUGAACUGCAUGACAAGAAGUUGUCUGACCAGGGGGCAGUUGGUUUAAGGAUAAGAGUGUUCGACCGGGUGUUAUGCUUUGUUAACUGUCAUUUUGCUGCACAUUUAGAAGCAGUCAACCGUCGCAAUGCAGAUUUUGAUCAUGUGUAUCGGACUAUGUCUUUCCACCGGCCAUCCAAUCCUUUCAGUACCACAGCUGCUUGUUCUUCACCCACUGCUCAGUCAGUUCGCAGUUCAAAUGCUUUUGUUGGGUCCUCUGUAGAAAUGACACCUGAAUUAUCUGAGGCAGAUCUGAUCAUUUUUCUUGGUGAUUUUAAUUAUCGGCUUAACGGGGUAUCAUACGAUGAAGCUAGAGAUUUUAUUUCUCAAAGAUGCUUUGAUUGGCUCAAAGAAAAGGAUCAACUCCGUACAGAGAUGGAAUCUGGAAAUGUCUUCCAAGGAAUGCGUGAAGCAGCUAUUACAUUCCCUCCCACAUAUAAAUUUGAGAGGCAACAACAAGGAUUAUCAGGGUAUGAUUCUGGGGAGAAGAAGCGCGUCCCUGCUUGGUGUGACAGGAUACUGUAUCGUGAUAGCCGGUCAUCUUCAGCGUCUGGAUGCAGCCUAGACUGUCCUGUAGUCACUUCAAUAUCACAGUAUGAGGCUUGUAUGGACGUGGUAGAUAGUGAUCAUAAGCCCGUUCGUUGUAUAUUUGAUGUCAAUAUUGCUCGAGUUGAUGAGUCUAUAAGAAGACAAGAACUUGGAGAAAUCCUUCAUUCAAACGAAAAAAUUAAGCAUAUGCUUGAGGUGUUGUGCAAGAUUCCUGAAGUUAUUGUCAGUACGAACAACAUACUUCUUCAACAUGAGGAUACAUCUCUUCUACGUAUUACAAAUGAAUGCGAGAAAAGUGACGCUAUAUUUAAAAUAGUUUGUGAAGGUCAGUCUACAAUUCGAUUGAAUGGGAAAGCAUCGGGUCAUUAUAGUCUUAGAGGUUCUUUUGGCUUUCCACGAUGGCUCGAGGUCUCUCCUGCAACUGGAAUUAUCAAACCUAACCAAAUUGUUGAAGUCUCAAUUCGUCUCGAGGAAUCCCACAUGUCAGAAGGAUUUGUUGAUGGUCUCCCGCAAAACUCAUGGUGUGAAGUCACCAGAGAUAAAGAGGUUAUUUUGCUUGUUAAGGUGUAUGGAACCUUUUCUAGUAAGUCAAAGAAUCAUCGUAUUCGUGUGCGCCAUUGUGUUUCUCCCAAGAGCGAAGGAACUGAUACCAAAACAAACAACUCUACCCAAAUUCAUGGAAGCGUUCUUCAUCGGUCCGAUAUUCAGCGUCUCAGCAUGUCCAGUGAUGUGGUUGACCGUCUACGAAAUAUGCAUACCCCUUAACUGCAGCCAAGAUUGUGCAGGAAAUCAUGCUUUUGGUCUUUGACAGAUUUCAAUUCUACCAGCUUCUUUGUACAUAUCUGAGGGAGAUGUCUCUUACCAUUUUGUAUCAAAACCCGUACUGUUUUGAUUUGUGUCGAUAGUGUUCAUUCAAUAACAAUGUCCAUUUUUUGAGAUUUUCAACCUAAUUUCAAGACAGGUCCAUCUCCAGGUGGUUGCUGAUAAGUGGAUUCACAUAUCUGUAGAUGAAAGUUGUAUACAGAAACAGCAGCAGAGUAGGUGAGGCGGUUUUAUUUGUUCCUUAAAUGUUAUUAUCCCAAUUACAGUGGAACAAUUAUGUCUGUAGACUUGGUUUUGAUGAGUCUAAGUUUAGAUUCCUUGAACAAACUUUGUACGUGCUGAAAAUAUAUGUAUGUAGCUUCAUAGUUUUGGUGGACUUUUUAUAUGAAUAUAUCCAUUUUUUUUUAUGUGAUACCAUUUUGGGAUGUUAA